CUGCCUUUCUGCCAUUUCUGCUGCAGCAACCCUUUUCUCUCUCUUGAUCCCAUAUAUGAUCCCCUCUCCUCUCCUCUCCGGUUUCAAAAGGGAUCAUAUUCUUCUACUCAUCGGCCUCCAUCUUUUCCUGAACUCCAAUAUAAAUGGUACAACCGCUCAUCUUCAAACUGAUCAUUUAAUUUGAUCAUUCAUCCAUCGAUCUUUCGAUCUGCAGCUCCGUUUUUCCAUGAUCAUGAGUACCACUACUACCCAACCCAAUUCCUCGAACUACCACCAGUUCCCUCAAUAUUUCUCCAUCGACCUUAACCAGGAUCACCACCACCACCAACAACAACAGCAAUACCUGCAACAGGCUGCCCAUUUCUUCAGUAGUAAUAGUACCACAGAACCUGCUGCUGCAGCUUUAGUACCAUCCUCUUCUUCUUCUCCUCCUCCUUCUCUCCCGUAUCACAUCUUCAUCGACGUCGAGGAUCCCGCCUGUCGCCACGUGGCGGCAGACUACUCGAGCUGGGGGCCGCCUCCCACCUUCCACCAACAGCAGCAAAAGGCCAAUGAUACCUACGGUGAGGUGGCGGCGACGGAGGAUCGGACCAAGUGGGUGCCUUGUUCUGCUGCUACGACGACGACGACGACGACUAAAGUAGUCAGGAUGAGCAAGAAGAAUAACAAGUUGACGAUCAAGACAAAUACUACUGCUGCUGCUGCAUAUUCUGAUCACGGCCGCACCAAAAAGUACUCGGCUUCGGCUUGGGAUCCGCAAAAGAUGAGUCAUGACACGUCGCCAUCGACUUUACAGCAGCAGCAGACUGAUGAGCGUAACAAUUCGCCCUUGAGCAGCAGCGGUGGCGGGGGCGGUGGCGGCGGCAGUCCGACGGUGGUGGUUAGGGUUUGUGCGGAUUGCAACACCACCAAGACCCCGCUCUGGCGGAGCGGCCCCCGAGGCCCUAAGUCACUCUGCAACGCCUGUGGGAUCCGGCAGCGAAAGGCCAGACGUGCCAUGGCUGCUGCUGCCGCCGCGGCAGCGGUGGCAGCAGAAGGCGGCGCAGAUUUAGACACAACAGCACCACUACCGCCGCCGCCGCCUGCUACCACCAUAAAGCUGAAGACCGGGAAGGGGAAACACGCCAACAAGAACAAGCUGGCGCCGUCCGCCAACAGCCACCUCCCUUUCAAGAAGCGGUGCAAGUUCGCGGCCCCCCGAGGCAGAAAGGCCACCAUUGGCAGCAACAGCAGCAGCAGCAGCAAGAAUAAGGUUACUACUACGACGACAGAUAACAAUAACAGCGAUAAUAAGCUGUGCUUCGAGGAUCUGGUGGCGAUACUGAGCAAGAGCUGUUCAGCAAUCCAGAGGGUUUUCCCUCAGGACGAGAAGGAAGCUGCCAUCUUGCUCAUGGCGCUGUCCUAUGGCCUGGUCCAGAGUUGAAACAAAUUAAUGAGUUCGUUUUCCCUUUUUUGGUUUUAGUUUGAUUAAUAAUUUAAUAAUAUUGUUGAUUGCUUUUUGUCCCGGAUUAAUCAAGUGAGGCUGGGAUAUAUAGCAAGCUGGGUUUUGGUAGUAAUGGGGGUAUUAUUAAUGAGGGUUUUAGAGCAAUUUCAAUAAUUAUAAGGUGAUUAAUUAGAGAGAGAGUGAGAGAGGAUAUAUGAUUAGAAGUGAUGUUUGUAAUGUACUAUGGGAUCUCUGGUUCUAUGUAUUGUGAUAGCUAGGAUGAGCAUUUGAACAGGUUGAUAAUCACUUGUUCAUCUGCAUCAUUAUAUGUACCAAGCUUUUGAUAAACUCUAUAUACAUAUAUUCCUUUUGGGUCCAAA